UUUUUUCAUAUUUAUUUAAUUAUUUGUUUAUAGACUUUGCCAAACGAGUAGAACUUGUUUCAGUUGUCUUCCAAAGUUCGAGCAAGUAUCAUCAUGGAAUUCAAGAGCGAUUCGGAAUUGAUUGAACUGCGAGACAGGUACGGUCUGAGCAGUGCGAGGAAAGGAUACGGAGAGUUCAAAGGUUACUCGCUUCCGGAGAGUUUUUCCAAGUAUCAGAAGGAAAUCGAAGAUCUAGAAGUCUACGACGAUGACGUCUGGGUCACCAGCUUCCCCAAAUCAGGGACGACAUGGACGGAAGAGUUGGUUUGGUGCGUUGCCAACGAUCUCGAUUUCGAAGCGGCCAAAGUCGAUCUGGACGAGAGGUUUCCGUUCAUCGAAUUCUGUGUAUUCUUCGGAAUGGACGAUCCCAACAACGCCGUCCCGUACGUCAGAAGAUCCUUGGAAUUUUUGAAGAGUAGGCCUCGACCGAGAUUCAUCAAAACGCAUUUACCUUGGGAAUUACUGCCGAAGCAGAUCAGAACUUUCGAGAGGAGACCGAAAAUAAUCCACGUGGCGAGAAAUCCGAAAGACGUCUGCGUCUCGUUCUACCAUCACGUCAGAUUCUUGGAGAACUAUUCGGGAGAUUUCAAUCUGUACGUUCAACUGUUUCUCAGAAACAAAGCCAACUACACACCGUUCUUCAAUAACAUCUUGGGAUAUUGGAACAGACGUUCUGAACCGAACAUCAUUUUCUUGAAGUACGAAGACAUGAAGAAGGAUCUUCGCAGUAUUUUGCUGCAAGUUACUAAGUUCCUAGGUUACGAAUUGAGAGAAGAUCAAGUGAAAACACUGCUUCAUCAUCUGAGUUUCGAAGUGAUGAAACACAACAAAGCGACGGAUCAUUCAACUGUUGCUGGGUUUUUGAAGAGUAAAGGUCUUCUGUUCAAUCCGGACGGUGAGUUUAUGCGAACCGGAACUUCCGGUUCGUUCAAAUCGGAAAUGUCGCCGGCGAUGAUCGAGUAUUUCAAUCGGUGGACGAAGGAGAACCUCGCAGGAACCGGUUUAGAAUUGUGAGGUUAUAACAGCAUUUGUUUUGAGAACAAAUGAGGAAUGAAAACGCUAUUGUGAUUUAUACUCAUGGCAACGAAUGAUAAUAAUGUGUAACAGCCUUCUAGUUUUUAGCUUGCAUUAUGUUAAUUAAAAGUUUUUAAGAAAAAAAUAAGAGUGUUCAUUAAUCUAGAAACUUCAGUGAAUAAAAUGAGCGUAAUUAUGUUUA